AUUCAGAGAAAGAGUUCCACGAUGCGGCAAAGCGUAAUGACAUGGCCAGGAUGGAGGAGCUCAUCAGGAGAGGGGUCGACAUCAAAGCCAAAAACAAUACAGACCGGACUGCCCUGCACUGGGCUGCAGGAGCCGGGAACGUGGAUGCUGUGCGACUGCUCCUGGAUCACGAUGUCCCGGUCGAUGACGAAGAUAGUUUUGGAAUGAAUGCACUUCUCCUGUCUGCAUGGUUUGGCCACCUCCGCGUCCUGCAGAUCCUCGUCAAUGCUGGGGCCAAGAUUAACUCUGUCAAUAGGAAUGGCAGGAACCUCCUACACUGUGCAGCUCAGAGGGGACACAUCCGAGUGAUGGAGUUCAUCAUGGAGGACCUGGAGGACAUGUGUGUGGAUAAGACAGACAAAAUGGACAGGACAGCGUUUCACCUGGCUGCAGAGUAUGGGCAGCUGGAGGUGGUGGAGUUCCUAAUUCGACUGGGUUGUUCUCACAGUGCCAAAGACAAGGAAGAAAAUACAGCAUUGCAUUUAGCUGCUAAAAAUGGACAUCUCUCUGUGCUGCAGAAGAUUAUAGAUCUUGGAGUGGACCUUGAUGAAAAGAACUUAGAAGGACUUACAGCUCUGCACCUGGCUGCUGAGGGAGGUCACAGCGACUGUGUGAAGCUGCUCUUGGAAGCAGGUGCCGAUGUCAAUGCCCAAACCCAGAAGAAGAUGAACUGCCUUCAUUAUGCAGCACUGCACGGCUAUGAGGAGAUAGCCAGGAUCCUCAUGGAUGCAGGAAUCCACUCAGACGCUCUUAAUUAUCAAAAUGCAUCAGCAACACACAUUGCGGUACUGCAGAACUUCCCAGCCAUGGUGAAGCUCUUCAUCGACGCGGAGUGUGACCUUGACAUUCCAGAUAAUAGGCAGCAGACCUCACUCCACAUCGCUGCGGAGCAUGGCAGGCAGGACAUUGCUGAAAUGAUUCUCGUUGCAGGAGUUAAUCUGAAGCUAACGGACAAGCAAGGUAAAACAUCUCUGGAUGUUGCUGCCCGAGGCAAUCACAUCAACUUGGCGGACAUGAUUAUCAAAGCUGAUCGGUUUUACAAAUGGGGGAAGGACAAUCUGAACAGCGACUCCGACUCCUGGGUGGCAAAGCACUUGACCUUUAAGCAAGACCACAGGCUGGAAACACAGCACAUUCGCUCAGUAAUGUGGAGAUUAGCUACCAAGUACCUCAAACCUGGUGAAUGGAAGAAGCUGGCACAUUACUGGAAAUUCACUGAUGCCCACAUUAGGGCUAUUGAGCAACAAUGGACAGGUACGAAAAGCUACAGGGAGCACGGCCACAGAAUGUUGCUUAUCUGGCUCCAUGGAGUGAUCACGGCAGGAGAAAAUCCAAUCAAGGGAUUGUACGAAGGCCUUGUAAUUUAGCAGAAAGCAUUCGGAAAAAAGCAAAUGCAGACUCUGCCUCUCCACGGAAGUGCGUAGCGAUGUAACCUGUAGGGCACCAG